AUGCAUUUCGUCAGGUCCAUUGGCAUGGGCGCCGCCAUUGCCUGUGGCCUGGAAUCAGUUCCAGGCUCUUGCAUCUGUCCGGCAGCCAAUGCCUCAGCGCUUCAACAAUCAUACUACCCCAAUACCGCGAACUGUGCUGAAUUCAUGAUCCCGGUGACGUUCGAGUCCGAGAAUCCCGUCUUUGCCUUCCCAAAGUGGGACGACGACUAUGCCCUCGAGGACUUCCUGGCCGUGGCCACAACCCGACCCAGUGCCAUGCUCGGCUCGCUUGUGACAGGAACGAAGACAGAGAAAUUCACAAGACAGAUCGCCGCAUCAUUCUGCACCCCCAAGAAUCCCGACGGCAAGGAAAAGAACGUCAUCCUGGCCACCCAUGGAAUCGGACAGGCUCGAUCUCAUUGGAACUCUCCAUAUCGACCAUCAGACUACAACUUUGUUCAACACGCCAUCUCCAAAGGGUAUUCCGUCUUCUUCUAUGACCGUCUCGGCACCGGUUUCUCUGAGAAAGUCUCGGGCUACGAGAACCAACUCAGCAACCAAGUGGCACUCCUGCAAUCACUCACCUCAAUUGUGAAAUCCGGCGAAUACACUCCGGGAAUCGGCAAGCCGAACAAAUUGGCCGUGAUGGGCUUCUCCUUUGGCUCAUACGUGACGCACACGGCCAUCGCAGGAAAGCCGGAUAUUGCCGACGCCGCAAUCCUAACAGCCAUCGGCCUCAACCUCACCGGCGUCAAUGCCAACGGUCUCGUCCGCUCUUUCGUGCCCCGAAUCGCCGCUCAACAAGACGGUCUGCGUUUCGGCGAGCUUGACAACGGAUACCUGACAUGGGUCGACAAAUUUGCGCAGAUCAACACAUACUUCAAGAAACCCUUCUACGACAUCCCAACUGCCGACUUCGCGGAAGCCAACAAGGAAGCUUUUGCCAUUGCGGAAUUCCUGACCAUCCUGAACGGAAACAACGGAAGUCUGGAUGCUAGCGGAUUUACGGGAUCAGUCCUGGCCAUCAGCGGUAUCGAAGACUACAUCGUCUGCGACGGAUACUGUCCAGGUAUCUUCGACGAGCCAGCAAGCACGUAUUACCGAAACGCAAAGCCGUUCGUACCCUAUCUGCACCCCAACUCCUCCCAUAACUUCAACUUCCACCACAACGCCACUGGUGCGUAUCAAGUCAUCACCGACUUCUUGGACGAGAACUUGAAGUAA